AUGUCCUGCCUCCGUGAGCCUGUACCCCAGGUCCGCCCCGGGAGCCUGGGCCGGCGUCGAAUUUACCGUCAGGCGGUGUCCUGGACACCUAUUUGCUUAAAGGAGCCGCGUCCCCAAUUUGAGGGAGCGUCUGCAAACUCCCCUUUGGGAGGCGCGCGUUCACUCGAGGACACGCCGGCGAGCAAGGGGGGAAAUGGGAGGCAGGGAUCACCAAGGGUUUUCCGGAUGCUCGACGAGCACUUCUUCGGGCACAGGAUGGGAUUGGAGUUCCUGAAGGGGAGUGAUGGUUUAGGUCCUCCUCACGUGGUGUCUGAGGUUGUGCACCCCAACACCUCGUCCUCAGUGAUGCAGGGAGAUGUGGGGACUUCUGUGAUGGAUUUUACCUCCUCCCAGCAGGGUAACCCCACAUUCAGUGGACCCCCCGGAUGCGGAGUGGGUGAGGAAUGGACUUGGGCAGCUCAGGAAGACAUGGGCACAGACCAGACAAGGAAAAGAUUAGAGCCUCGUUCUUUUAGGGCCCAAGUAGGACAAGUGAAGCCCAAGUGGCAGAGUGACCUUGUUCAGGAGGUGACUGAGAUCAUCUCCCACCCCAACUACAACCCUGUGCUGAAAGGUGAAGGUGGGGCAGAUGUGGCCCUUGUCAAGCUGGGGGCCCCCGUGAGACUGUCUCAGGGCGUCAGUCUGGUCACCCUCGCUCAUGAGAAGCUCACAGUCCCUGCAGGCACGAAGUGCUGGGUGACUGGAUGGGACCCAGGGGCCCUGUCCCCAUCUCCUCACCCAGGUCCUCCCCUCCUGCUGCAGAUGCUGUGGGUGCUGUUGCUGACCCUCCCCUUCCUGGGGGCCACCAUGCCCAUGACCCCAGGACAAGACUGUAGCCUUCAAGUACGACAAGUGAAGCCCAAAUGGCAGAAUGACCUUUUUCAGGAGGUGACUGAGAUCAUCUCCCACCCCAACUACAACCCUGUGCUGAAAGGUGAAGGUGGGGCAGAUGUGGCCCUUGUCAAGCUGGGGGCCCCCAUGAGACUGUCUCAGGGCGUCAGUCUGGUCACCCUCUCUCAUGAGAAGCUCACAGUCCCUGCAGGCACGAAGUGCUGGGUGACUGGAUGGGUCCAACUGCCAGCACCAUACAACCUGCGGGAGGUCGAGGUGCCCAUCGUGGAUGAUGAGGUCUGCAGACAGCAAUAUAGGAAGGUCAAAAAGGUCAUCCUGAAGGACAUGCUGUGUGCUGGGAGCUCAGGCCGGGACUCCUGCCAGGGAGAUUCUGGGGGCCCCUUGGUCUGUAAGCUGGGGGGCACCUGGCUCCAGAUGCUGUGGGUGCUGUUGCUGAUCCUCCCCUAUCUGGGGGGUUCCAUGCCCAUGACAAGAACUUCUAGCCUGGAGACUAAGUUUGUGGGUAUUGUGGGGAGCCAUGAUGCCCCGCCAGGGAAAUGGCCAUGGCUGGUCGGCUUGGUGUUCUGGGACACAGAAGAUGAGGAUAUUUGGUUUGGAUGUGAAGGCUCCCUCAUUCACAAGGAAUGGGUGCUGACUGCUGCCAGCUGUGUUGAAGGACUAGAUCCUGAGGAUGUUCAGGUCCGAGUGGGUCAAGCACAGCACUUACGGAGUGGUAACUCUGUGAAAGUGACAAAGAUCAUUCUUCACGAGGACUAUGAUGAUGAGGAGGGACAAAGAAGUGGGAAAGACGUGGCGCUUCUGAAGCUGGAGUUUCCCUUGAAUCUCUCUAGUCAAGUUCAGCUGAUCGACCUCCCUCCACCUGAGUUUUCACUUCCCUCAGGCACCAAGUGUUGGGUGAUGAGCUGGGAUGAACUUGCAAACAAUGGUCCUAGGACCCCCACUGACCCAUUUGGUGAGCUGGCUCUGCUAGGGCUGGUCUGGGAGGGAGAACAGGGGCUUCCUGCAGACAAGCAGGGCUUGGGAUGGAGGAAGCCCACCACGUCCACCUACUUGGGCCUGGUGACAGAGUUCAGGUCCCCGUCCUGGAUGCCCACUGCCUGCAUUGUUCGGGUGGCUGUUCUGAUGUAG